AAAUCCUAACUCCGGCAAGCAUGAUUCUUGUCAUUACAAAUCGGAAAUCUUUAUGCUAUACUUGGAAUUGAGGUGAUCCUCUCUAGCCGGCCAUGUGAUGGAGAAAGAAAGGUGGGAUACCAAUUGUAAGGUUUGGAAAUUAUAUAUUCCCCCAAACCGUGAAGCAAGGAAUAAAGAAAAGAGUUACCAAGUAUAUAUAUAUAUAUAUAAACAAAGCGCCAAGGCAAUCUUCUCGCGGCUCCAAAAACUGCAGAUAGACAUGGCCAAGGAGAUUGAUGAGUUUCUAAUGAUGAAAUUUCGCGAUGGCCUUGAUGAGAUUGAGAAAUCCAAAAAUGCAGUCUUCAGGCCCAACUUUUUGUUCGAUAAACAUUCCAUCCACAACAACUUUCUGGAAAUAAAAGAUUUGCCUGGACUCUUUCGCACACCCCCCCCGCCUGCGGAGCACAUUAAAAUCAGGGAAAAUCUUUACUGCCUCAACGAUGUUUUGACGGAGUACCAGAUGAUGUCAAAGACCGACCUAAUAACCGGUAGGAACAUAUGGAAGAAGUUAACCAAUAUCAAGGCGGAACUAAACCGCUUGAAGAAGGAUUCUAAUAGAGGUUCCAAACAGCCUGAUGAUCAUGACGUCAAAGCGGGCUCACCAACAGCUCUGCCAUUUGAUGAGUCCAAGGUUUAUGGGUUUAAGGACGAUGUAACCUCACUGGAAAAGGUGCUUGUCAGGCAAGGAAGCGAGGAUCGUUUCAAGAAUGUAGGCAUCAUCGGUAAGGCUGGCAUAGGAAAAACCGCACUUUGCCAAUCAUUGUUCAAUAAAAAGGAGGUGAAGGACUACUUCCAUCCAAGGAUCUGGGUGUGCAUGUCCAGACAGCCUGCAGGCGACGAUCUGGACGGAAAAGUAACAAUCCUCAAGAGAAUGUUGGUGAGCCUUGGAGUAGAAGACGAGAUCAUCAACAAGGCUUGCGCGGAUGAUCAACAGAAACUCACAGCCACAGGGCUACUAUAUGCUCUUCACUUGCAAUUACAGGGGAAGAGGUAUCUGAUUGUGUUGGAUGAUGCCUGCCCCUGGGAUUGGGAGACAGACGAAUGGUACAAGCAGCUGAAUUCUUCGUCAACUUGUGAGGGAAAGUGGGAUCGCCUUGCGUAUGGACUGCCAAAAGGGUUUGGGGGAGCAGUUAUUGUCACAAGCAGGGACGAGAAAUUGGCAAAGGAGAUGGUUGGCCCAGAGGGAAUCGUUCAUAGCGUUCUACCCCUUUCAGACCCAGAGAGCUCCUGGAAUAUAUUCAAAAAUGGGGCAGCUGAACCGGACUUCGAUUCCUCAAUUAAUAAGGAUAUUCUAAAAGAACAAAUCCUCCGAAAGUGUGCGGGCCUUCCAUUAACUGCACUAAUGAUGGGUACUGCGUAUCAAAAUCGCCCAGCUAAAUAGAAGGACUGAAGUACUGCCAACGUGGCACUCGUGUUAUAUGGAUGCUUAUGCAUAGAUUAAGAAUUUUAUUUGGCAUGUAAUAAAAGGCUGGACUAAAUUAUCUAUUUACUUUUUUAUAUAAUAUAGAUUGUAUUGGAUCUCUAUCAAGUUAUAUUUGGAGAUUACCCAAUGUAUUGAAAUUUGUGUCUUUAAU